UCGUCGAAGUUCGAAAUUUGACAUAUUGUGUACCCACUAAUCUAUUCAUGGAUUUAAUCUCCGAUGGCGCUAACAAUAAGCUAUAUGUGGCUAAAGCAAGGCAAAAGUGCGUUAUUGAAAUUUUGCUCGAAUUGCUUUUGGAAGGUCUAAUUAUUAAAAUGGAUCAUGGAGACCAUGGAUUUAAAUGCUCGAUGAAGAUGCUUUUCAACUGGGAUUAUACAAAUCUUUGUAUCGUAUUUUCUUGGUGGAAAGUAAACGGAAUUACAUUGCUGCUUCUAUCUUGUGUCAUUGUUGGUGCACUUGGUGCUUUCUAUGAGAUUUUAAGAUAUUGGUCAAGAAAAUAUGAUGAAAAAAUAUGCGAGGCAGGUUACCGUCAAAUUAGUAAUAACGAUAAUGAGGAAGAAAAUACACCCAAUUCUGUGAAACGUUCUAUCAGAUUGACACGAUCACAACAAUUAAUCCGUGUAGUUAUUGGUACAGGAAUUGGAUUCUUUUUUUUCGGUAAACAAACGCUUUCAAGGAUAGAUGAGGAUGAUAGAAUUGCAGGUUGUCACUGA